AUGCGUUACGUUGUUGGUGCCCCUGGGGCCGGCCGUGUCGCUCUGUUCCUCGGCUCUGCUCCGCCAGCCGCCGUCGCUGUUGCGCCGCUACGCGCACACCGCCUCUCACAUGGGUGCCGUGACGGCGUCGGCCUCUCUCGCUGCUCUGGUGGCGCUGCAUUGGUACAGGGUCGAGGCCGCUGCCUUUCGCACACGCGUCUGUCCCCGCUUGGGGAAAUCCCUUGCCUGGAGGACAUGCUUGGGAUUGAGCCGCUGGAAAUACACUUCCCCUUUAAACUUGACCCGCAGAUAUCAAACUCAAUUGAGCUGACCAACGAUACGGAUGAUUACAUUGCCUUCAUGACAAAGGCAAGGUCACGCCGCUUCCGCAUAGAGCCAGACAAGGGCAUUGUCCCACCAGGAUCCAAGUGUAGUGUCACCGUAACAACGCAAGCACAGGUCAAUACACUGCCAAAUAAUCACCACAAGGAGGAGAUCACCAUGCUAAGCACCAGAGUAGAUGGAGGUCUUGCUGCUAUGGAUAUAACUGGAGACGUGUUCAUUGAGAAGGAGGGUACUGUGGUUGAUGAGGUGAAUGUGAUGGUUGUUUUUGACAAACCACCACCGGCUGAUGAGGAAUCCUGA